AUGCAAAAUAUUGAAACACCAAAUACCAUGAAUGAAGAUGAAGAACUGAAAAAAUGUCUUUAUAGUGCAAGAAGGAUUCUGAAAUCAUUAAAUAGCUUCCAAUUGAUGUCACCAUUAGAAGACAGCUCUGAUUCACGAAAUAGAAUAGACAAUUUGCAAACUCCGUUAACCCAAAGAACAUUUACAAAGAUAAAUCUGGAAAUAAAAAAUGCAAUUGACUCUACAGAAAUUGGUAAGGAUUUUGAAACACUGGAAAGUUCAAACACAUUUACAGAUAAAAAUAUAACACCUAAAUCACUAUCCCCCACUAAUACGAACACAAACGAAAUAUCUUCAAAUGAUAAUAAUUCAAUUUUUACCAGUACUGAUUCUACACAUUCAGUAGAAACUAAACCAAGUACUCUUGAUUUAUCUAAUAACAUUAAUAGCCAGCAGAUUUGCACUACUAUUAAAUCGUUAGUGGAUAUGCUUAAUUUAAUGUCACAGGAAGUUCAAAAAUUAAAGUUCAAAAAUUCUCUCUUAAGUUCCCAAGAAUCUGAGUCUAAAAAUAAUUAUAAACUAGAACUGAACCUACAGAAACAACAAUUCGAGAAACUUAAAUUUCAGUUAAAUGAGGAGAAUACCUUGUAUUUGUCCGAUAUUAAGAAUAAAGAUAAUAAAGUAAAGAAGUACAAGAGUAAGAUCAUGGAAAAAAACCAAGAAAUAAAUAAGUUAAGAAGAUUAUUGAAUAAUAAUCCAAUAUACGUCAAUAAUAACAGUGUCACACCUCAUAAUACAAAGACAAUGGCAGUGCCAGGUAGGAGAGUCGUGUCAAUGAACUCUAGUUUAAGCCCAGUAACAGUAAACAAAAAGGAAGGACCUGAUAUGCUAAACGCCUUAGGGCUAUUAGCAUCCCAUGUUUUAAAUGAUAAAAUUCAGUUGGACAAUUGCAUGGACAAUAUUCCACGGACAAUUACUGAUAAUGAUGAACAAAACUCAGUAAAUUCACAAGAUUCACAAACCGAGAAAAUAGGUGAUCAAUAUAUUGAGACCAAAAAUAAUAAACCAGCUGAUAGCGAAACAACAAUUAAUGCUGAACUAACAAUCAAUAACGACUUAACUGAAGAUUUGUCAACUGUGAACAAAGCAGUUGCACUUCCAGAAAGACCACCGAAGGACAACAAACUCUUGCUAACUUCGGAAAAUUUAACUUUACCAAAGAUGAGAAGUUUUAGCACGAUGGAUGGCUCAACUGGGAACAUUUAA